AACCACUCCGGACGGCGUCCACUCCGCGCUUUGAUUUGCUUCCAUUCAGUCGUUUCAGUCCGCAUUCUACCGCUGAGGGCCUACUAUCGCAUCUAGUUUGGUUUUCAUUCACGCACUCAGACACCUUCCACCACAAAACUACAAAACUACAAAAGAAAGCUCGGUCUAUACAAAAAGGUGUUAUUCAAUACCUGCUGGUGAUAAAUAGAUUAUUUGACACUUGACUUUUGUGGUAAAAAUAUUUUCCUCGCAUUUGAAGAUUCGGAUUUAUCAUGGAUUUACCAAUUUGUGAUCGAUAUCUUAAAUUGUUGUAUGAUCAAGUGCGUGUGCAGCUUGCCAGUUUUAAUUUUGAGUUACAAGACGCGGAUUUUAAUACUCUUUCACACCUUGGUUUUGAUUUCGAUCGAAAACACAAGAAAACCAAAGUGGAUAAUAAGCAAUUAUUUUGGCAGCCUUGGAUUGAUAUCCAACGAGAAGAUGCAACGGUGGGAAAAUCAGCGAAACAAUUGCCGACGGCGAAGUGGAAACGGGAUCGUCGAACACGGCCGGAUUACAUGCGAAAGUCUGAACCGAAAAACGCCGAUAGAUCAGACUCUCACGAGCUAAAUGGUGUGAAUGGAUUCGCAACGGAUAAAAGUUCCUCGUCGUCGACUUCGUCGCUGGCGUCCGCAUCGCCUGCGUCGCCGACUUCCAGCGUGAUAACGAAAACAAACGGUGUUGAUGCGCCGCUGGAUAUGACGACAACACCCCGCCAGCGUGGUUUACCGCCGUCUUAUUCACAAGCCAUCAGUGAUCCGAGUUUUAGAUCAACAUAUACGAAUAGUCGACCGAAUACAAAUGGCCGUGAGGAGUUACCAUCAGGUAUUUCUAUGUGCGAUCCAAUAAUAGAUGAACAUUUUCGACGAUCUCUUGGCAAGGACUACAAUACAGUGUUCAACAACAAUGCCAAGGAGAAUCCCCUCAAGUCGAAAACGCCAUCACCGCCAACCCAAAGCAGUCCAACCGCAACUGUUGCGCCUGUGUUGGUGGAAGCACCGAAACCCAAGGAGAAGUCACCACCAACUACACCCAUUCCGCCGGUAACAAGCGUUGUUGAAAUGAUGGACUCCUCCGGGAUGUCAGUGGAUGAUCACUUCGCUAAGGCUCUCGGUGACACAUGGGCUAAGCUAAACAAAAAAGAUUCCAAUCCUUCAGAUAACGCCAAUGUGAAUACAGUAACGAGUAGUUCGCCUGAAGUCAUUUCCACUUAGAAUCUAGCACUUAACAAUGGAUAUUCAAAGUCAAUAUGUUUAAAUUUGAAACUUUAAACGAAUGAGAAGCAAUUAGGGUUUGCAGUUUUGCACGUUAGACAUUGUAAAACUUAUAGCGUAUAGUAUAUCAGAACUAUUAAUGAAAAAGAAUUCACGUUAAGGAACACUAUUAAUUUAAGUUUUAGAAUCGUUUAACUUAACGAACUCAAUUAUGUAAGAAUACGUAACUCGAAUGUUUAACGAGAUGGUGUAUAUUUUUGUGUUGAAGUUAUGUGAAUGCAUUAUAAUAAUGUGUAUAUUUUUAAUCGAGUUAAUCAAAAUGUAAUGAUUGGGGUAGAGUGGUAGUUAUGUGAUGAAACGUGUAUUGGAUGCUUGGAAUAUGAACUCAGAUGAGUAAUUUCUUCUUAUACAUAUUGGAAUAAACUAUCUUCUAAGUCUAUGUAA